AUGACCAAGGCCCAUAAUUGUACCGCCUGGAUCCCAGUGAUGUGUUGUGUAACAUUUGGAAUUUUCUGUCCCCAGAUUGCCGCCGCCGUCCUCGCCUGCGCCGCAGCCGCCCCCAGCGGUCUGUUGGCUUACUCCGGUCUCGCCGGGCCCUACGCCCACGGACCUUUGGCCCACGGACCUUUGGCCUACGGAGUGGCACCUUUGGCUCACGCCCCGGUAGCCCUAGCGCACGGCCCCGUCGCCGUAGCCCCGACCAUCCCACCGGGCGACAUCCAGGGCGCUGCCAUCGACGCCCACGUCGAAGUUUCCGACCACGUCCGCGCCUCCUCUGACGCCGCCCGCGAAUACCACGACCAGGCCUCCGAAGUUCAUGGUCGCGCCAUCAACGCCGCUGAAGACCACGCCUGGCAGGCGGUUGACGCUGCCCAGACCGCUCAAGCUCAGAUCGACGGUGCCGCAGCCGGUGUCGCACCCAACGUAGCCCGUCAACUUGUCGGUCACUCCGCUCUUGUCCACGCCGCUCCAUUGGUUCACUCCGCCCCCGUGGUCGCUGGACCCUUGGCUUACGGUCACGGUUACGCCGGCGCACAGUCCGUCGCCACUUCAUCCCUCUCCCAAACCCACCCAGCUCCCUACGUACACGCUCCCGUGUACUCCCAGGGAAUCCACGGACUCGCGCACGCAUGGUAA